GGAUGUUAAAUUUAAUCCUAUUAUGGUCACUUUACCAAGUAGUCCUGCUAUUUUCACCUCUUGGACCAGGUCCUGCGUUCCAUUUGGGACUAAAUCAAGAAUUUCCCCUCCUCUUGUAGGUUCCAGGACCAGCUGCCCCGUGUGUGCACAAACACAGUCCCCUCCCCAAAUGUGGCACCCCCCAUGCUCCCAGCACUUUGCCCUGAGUCCCUCCUUAAGGACCCAAACAAUGUCGGGUGAAUGUGUGACCCAACAAUCUAAACCCUUCAGUCCACCAGUUACUUCAAGUUUUUCUAUUCUUUUAACUAGCAUGUUGGUGUAGUGCAGUCUGUCAUACAGUGUUAACUGACACCUUUGAGGGUGACUCGGCUGAACUCAGGAAACGGUGUUUUGUGCUGUCUCCUGCUGGUGAGAGCAGUAGAUGUAAAAUGUAAGAACACAAGUGAGUUUUCUUCUGCUUUGCUGAUUAAGAACCCUGCAAUGAGAGUACAGGGGUAGUUGAGGGAAACAACAUCUGUAAUUCCACACACCGUAUUGGUUCUCAGGAGUGACUGCAUUCGCUGAAUGUUACCUCUUGCUACUGACAACGUCCAGGCUGUUUCCCUUGGAAGAAGCUUGUUUCAGAGUCUCCUUGGCUGUGAUAGGCUGGGACUGUGUUCUAUGAGGUCAGGUGGCUACACGCACACAGGGAAUUGGAAGUGAGUGGGCUUCUUGUUAUUCUGGAGUGUCGCAGUGGCUUUUCAGAAUGGCAGUUACUGACUGAGCCUGGAGGUUUAUUUAGAACAGCAGUGAGAGUUUCUCUGGCGGCAGAUUUGGAUAACUUGUUUUACACUGAUCAGAACACUGACUUGCUUCUUGACAGCAUCAUGUUUGUAUUGCACUUGCUCUGAAUGAACAGCAAGCUGGACGGUUCCAAUGGCUUUUCUCUUCCAGGACAUGUAGAAGAGCGGAGUUUGUAUGAAGAUGGGAGUGUUGGUGUUCAUGCGUAACCUGCUGCUGGCCCUUUGUCUCUUUCUGGUACUUGGAUUUCUUUAUUACUCAGCGUGGAAGCUGCACCUUCUCAGAUGGGAGGACACAAAAUAUGACAAACUGGGCUUUCUUCUGAAGCUUGACUCAAAACUGCCUCCAGAACUAGCAUCAAAGUAUGCAAAUUUCUCUGAGGGAGUUUGCAAACCUGGGUAUGCAUCAGCGCUCAUGACUUCCAUCUUCCCAAAGUUCUCCAAGCCAGCGCCAAUGUUCUUGGACGAUUCCUUCAAAAAGUGGGCCCGGAUCAGGGACUUUGUGCCUCCCUUUGGAAUUAAAGGACAAGAUAACCUGAUCAAAGCCAUCCUGUCAGCAACCAAAGAUUAUCGCCUCACUCCGGCCCUCGACAGCCUCAGUUGCCGGCGAUGCGUUAUCGUGGGCAAUGGGGGAGUGCUUGCCAAUAAGUCCCUGGGGCUGAAAAUUGAUGACUACGAUGUCGUCGUCAGGCUGAACUCGGCGCCGGUGAAGGGCUUUGAGAAGGAUGUGGGCGGGAAGACCACGCUGCGAAUCACGUACCCGGAGGGGGCCAUCCAGAAGCUGGAGCAGUACGAGAAGGACUCGUUCUUCGUGCUGGCCGGGUUCAAGUGGCAGGACUUCAAGUGGCUGAAAUACAUUGUUUACAAGGAGAAAGUGAGCGCGUCGGACGGAUUUUGGAAGUCAGUGGCAACCCGUGUCCCAAGGGAACCCCAUGAGAUCCGCAUCCUGAAUCCAUACUUCAUCCAGGAGGCAGCGUUCAGCUUCAUUGGUCUGCCCUUCAACAAUGGCCUGAUGGGCAGAGGGAACAUCCCCACGCUGGGGAGCGUCGCGAUCACCAUGGCCCUCCACAACUGCGACGAGGUGGCCGUGGCAGGGUUUGGCUACGACAUGAAUUCUCCAAACGCCCCGCUGCAUUACUACGAGAGCACCAAGAUGUCGGCCAUAAAGGAGUCGUGGACGCACAACAUCCAGCGGGAGAAGGAGUUCCUGCGGAAGCUGGUGAAAGCCCGCGUCAUCGCCGACCUCAGCAGCGGGAUCUAGGCCCCGCCCGUGGGAGCGCGUCGCACACGCCAGCGGGAGAGCCGGGCAGGAAGCAGGAGGUGCACGGGGCUUCCUUGGCGCGUUGGCCCCAGGGCCGGCAGGGCAGAGCCGGGGGAGAGGCCUGGCUGGGGCUCUG